AUGAUAGCAAGUGAUGAGGGUUUUAAAAAGAUGGCUGCUAAAAUGAAGGAGAAAUAUGAUAAGUAUUGGAGCAAUUCAUCAAACAUUAAUGUGUUUUUAUUUAUUGCUCCAAUUCUUGAUCCACGAUACAAGUUAGGUUAUGUUUCCUUCAUUAUUAGCCAAAGUUUUGAUGAAGAAAAAGCCAAAAAUUUGUGUGAUCAAGUAGAGAAAGUAUUGCGAGACUUGUAUGCUCAUUACUUACAUGAAGUUGGAGUUACUAAUGAAAAUCCAACUACUAGUUUCGGACAUUUUGAAGAAGAGAUUCUUAUUGAUGUUGAAGAUGAUCCGACAACUUUCUUGAACAACCAAUACAAAAGAUUGUUGGAAGAGAACUCAAGUGGUACAGCUGCAAAAUGCGAGUUGGAUUGGUAUUUGAGUGAGCAAUGUGAGUCUUUUGACAACAAGUUCAACUUACUUAGUUGGUGGAAGAAAAUUCAAGCAAGAUUUCCGGUCAUUGCGGCAAUUGCUAGGGAUGUUUUGGCAAUUCCAGCUUCAACUGUAGCCUCAGAAUCUUCAUUUAGUACUGGGGGACACAUUCUUGAUGCAUUUCGUAGCUCAUUGACCCCCAAAACAGUUGAAGCAUUGAUAUGUUCUCAAAAUUGGCUUAGGUCCAAAAAUGUUCCUAUUGAUAUUGAGAAAAGUUUUGAAGCUCUUGAAAAUUUUGAAGUCGAAGUGAAGGACUUACCUCAAGCUAUAUCCGCUCUUACUGUGGAUGAUUGA